AUGACGGGCGAACGAAAGAACGCUAAUAAGGACAGGUUCAUCUACUCUUUCAUGGGAGUGGGCAUUAUCUUGUGUUGCAUUACUCUCAUAGGUUGCAUUUUUGCCGAAGUAAUUCACGGUUGCUGCCUAUUUUUUUAUACUUUCCUCAUAAAAAUACUCAUACUAAAAGAGGCGACUUUGGUGGCAUUCAUUGCAAUUGAUCGUAAUUGGGAAAAAGAUCUUCCAAUUGAUCCGACCGGUGAACUUGAGAGCCUUCUAUCUUUCAUUGAAGAUAAUAGCGACAUUUGUAAAUGCGUUGGUAUUGCUGUGGUUGUUAUUAGGACCUAGUUAAAUUAGAGAAUUCAUCAUUCGCUUUAUAUAUGGAUCACUGUUUUAAUUAAAUAUUCGUACUAU